AUGAAGCAAAGUUUUAUAGUAUCCCAAUUCAAUUUUUUUUUUAUAUUAAAUAAUAUCAUGACUCUCCCUUCAGAGCAUGCAAAGAGUUUUAUUAUUUUUUUUAAUUUGAAUUCCAAUUUGCAACGAUUAAGUUAAACCACUAGUUUUAGUGUUUUACAAUGAAAAAAAUUUAAAGGAUUAAAAUUUGCUUCAAAAUUAAAUUUUUUAUACUGUCACUAUCGCUUAUUUGUUUUCUGAGGAUUAAGGAUUUUUCUAUAUUUGAUGCUUUAGAGUUUUAAUGAAAAGUCAAUUUAGUUUAGACAUAAAUGAAGGCAUCAACACUUACACAACUAUAUUGGCCUACACAAUGUCAAAAUAAAGAAGGCUAUAUAAUAGGCUGGUCUAUUCGAGGCUUUGUUUGCUGUAUCAUAACUGUCCUUGAUCUUCCUUUGGCUAAAAUAGAAAAUACACUUAAGCAAAUCGGAGAAAAGGUAGAGGUUCUAGGAAUUGUGAGUGCUGGAACACAAGAACCUCAAGAAGCCAUUGAGAAAAGAGCGGUUUCUGAUAUAUGAUUUUCUGCUACUGUGGAAUCUAAUUGCAUUAGACUUAUGGAUCUUCAUUGUUGUGGAUAUCGAUAUAAAGCUAGUGCCCACAUAAUAUUUUAUGACAACUCAAAGGUUAAUAUAGACACUUGCAAUAUGCUUUGUCCAGAAAUUUUUUACAGAAAACUCAUAAACCAGCCACAAAAACUGCAGAAAAUGGAACCCUCUACUCUACAGCUUGUAUGCAAUCAGAUUAAUCGGUGUGCAUUUAUUGAAAAAAGAAUAUUAACAAAGCUAGAACUUGAGCCGCCUCCUGCAGGAAAAUGAAGCAAAAGCUCGUUCUAUUCAGGAUGCGUAGUCAUUAUGCUAAUUUUUCAAGUUUUAGGGGAAUUUAUACUGGCGAUUUAUAAUUUGUAAUUUUUAUAUAGUAAAAUUCCAAUUAUCCAAAAAGGGAUCAGCGAUCUGCCAAUUAAAAGCAAACUUUUUUGGCAUUUAAGCAAAAGAUUAAAUAUUUUGAGCACCUGGGAAUUAAAUGAUAUGGCAAUCAAGCCAAAAUACCCAUGUCCAUAUUUAGCAAGAGGAUUUGUAAACGAUUAUCUUACCUCCCGAGCAAUAGUAAUGCAAGCAGUUUUUGAUUGGUUGAUCGGUAUAUUUUUGCUGCUUCUCCUGCACCACUUUGCUUCAGACACCCUAUUAGUUUUCCACACAUUGGGCUCAACAGUCCACAUCGAGGUCUUAAAAUCAGAAAUUACCUGACUUAUGGGCCUUCCUGCAGGUUUUAAGCCAAACGAGGCAUUAGACAACACAAUAGGCAAAAACAUUUUAAUCCUUAUAGACUCCUGAAACUAUGUAACUACCUUUCUAACAAAAUUUGAGCCUGAAAUAGUGCAGCUUUUUGCAAUAUUCGGCGUUUUUGGUGUCAGUUUCCAAACAGCUCUAUUAUCAGAUUUAGUAGAUUUUUGCACUUUGCAUAUGUAAAUAUUAUAUAGACAUUAUAUUUAUGUAUUUGUUGGGCAAGUUUAUAGUCUGCAGAUACAAAUUAUCCAUUCUUUGUGUAGGCUUAUAAUUGGAAAUAAAAAGAACGUAUUAAAAGGGGUAAAAGUUAUGUAGAGAAUCGACAAAGGGGAUUAUUCAGUUGACGAAAUUUUAUUAGGAACUCUUAUUUUUACUGGCUUAAUUUUCCUGUAUCCUACAAUUGCUAUGUAUUACUUGUGUUUUGUAAGUAUCUGAUUAAGUGUCCAAUUCGUCCAAACUAUUUUAACGUUCGCCUUGAUCUUUUUAAAUCAUUUUCCCUGCUUUUUGCUUUGGGCUUACUUUAUCUAUCCCACAUAUUUCACUAGAUCAGUUUACUUCGAGAUGGUCCAAACACCAAUAAAUGUCUAUUUUCCUACAAAUUAUAUGAAAUUGCACACCCAAAAAGUCCCAAUUUCCAAAAUUUUUUAUGAUUUUACCUCAAGAUUAAAACUAGUUGCUGCGAAUCUUCUGAAUUUUACAAUUAUAAAAAACAUUUUACUAGGAACACAAAUACCAAAAAUUAGCCAUUGGGAGUUUUAA